UCAAAUUUCACUUUCAAAUUAUUGAUAUACAGCAUCAGCCAAGGAAAUUUCGAGUGCGGCGUGAAAAUCAUUUGGAUCAUAAAAUGGGUGGCUUUAUGGAAAAACCGGAAACGGAAAAGCAAGCACGAGAGGGUCACGGAAAUGGUCUGCGCUACUGCGUGAGUUCUAUGCAAGGUUGGCGAAUGCAAAUGGAGGACAACCACUCGGCCGCUUGUCGCCUGAAGGAUCCCUUCUCAAUGUGGUCCUAUUUUGCGGUAUUCGAUGGUCACGCUGGCAAUGAAAUAUCACAGCAUUGCGCUGAACACCUACUGAAUACUAUAUUGGAAGCCGAAUCCUUUUCAAAGCACAUGUACGAGGCCGGAAUACGAGAGGGUUUCCUGCAGUUGGAUGAGGAUAUGAGGAAGCUGUAUGAGCGCAACCAAGGUGGCUCAACGGCCAUUUGCGUUUUCGUAGCACCGGACAAAAUAUAUCUGGCCAACUGUGGCGAUUCGCGUGCUGUGAUAUCGCGAAAUGGAGCAGCUGUCAUCAGCACAGAAGAUCACAAGCCAUUUUCUCCCAAAGAACAAGAACGCAUUCAAAAUGCCGGAGGCAGUGUAAUGAUUAAAAGGGUAAAUGGCACUUUGGCCGUUUCCCGGGCAUUCGGGGACUAUGAUUUCAAGAAUGAUAUCUCAAAGUCUGCUGUCGAUCAGAUGGUGUCUCCGGAACCUGAUAUAACAGUUUGCAAUCGUUCCGAAAAUGAUGAAUUUAUGGUUAUAGCCUGCGAUGGCAUUUGGGAUGUGAUGACUAGCAGCGAGGUUUGUGAAUUUAUCAGUUCACGACUUUUGGUUACCUAUGACCUGCCGAUGAUUGUCAACAGCAUAUUGGAUAUUUGCCUGCACAAAGGCAGCAGGGACAAUAUGACUCUGCUCCUCCUACUUUUGCCGGGAGCACCGAAGGUCGAUAUGGAUGCCGUUAAGGCCGAAAGGAACCUCGAUCAAACUAUUAUUCAAAUAACCAAGGAAGUGAUUGAGAAGCACGAGGUACACGACUUUGAAACACUUAUUCGACUGAUGAAAAGAAUGUCCAUUAACAUUCCAAAUCUACCACCUGGUGGUGGUCUUUAUGCAAAAUAUUAUAUUAUUGAGCAAGCUUUCCACGAGAAAUUUCCAGAUACUCCUACUGAAAUCUAUGACUAUUUUUCAAUGUAGAAUGUUUGAUGAAUGGGAAGUUAACAUAAGUGCAGUAAA